AGAUACUUAGUUUCACUUUCAAAUAAUUCUUAUCUACACUUUUAAUACUCUAUGCAGCUCCUUUUCGUUGUUGUUCCUCCAUCAUAGAAACAACUGAAUUCUCCAUGUCCUCCUAUAGUAUCGAUUUCUUGGAUUCCUGAUGCCGUCAAUAACAGAGCCCCUGAUGCCCUCCGUCGCCAAAGCCCAGCAUGUCGUUAUUGAGAUGGAUGAAGUCGCCGCAUCCCAGAAAAGCUCAGUCCUUACUGGAGGUGAGGGAAAUGGAGGCCCAGGAGAACAAGGUGCGAGUGGGAAUGUUAUGGAUACUACCGUCAACCCAAUUGCUGGCACUGCGUCAACCUCAACGCAAUUGCUGGCACUGCGUCAACCUCAACGCAAUUGCUGGCACUGCGUCAACCUCAACGCAAUUGCUGGCACUGUUUCAACAACCUCAAGCCAAUUACUGGUACAAAAACAAAUUCAAAAAUGAGCCGCUUCCUGUGUAGUAGAACUGAACCCAUCUACUGGUACUGUUUCAACAUCUUUUUUUUUGAAGAUGUGCUAGAAGAUGUUAGAAGAUGCGCUACUAGUUCUCCGUGCCAUCUCUAAGAAUGGAUCCGCGACAGGAGUAUCAGGCGCUCGUGGCUCCAGUGGCGGUAGAGGAAGCGGCGCAGAGGCGGAUACUAAUAGGUCUCCUGGUAUAAUCGAGCAGCUGCGUGGUAUGAGUAGAUGGGAUUGUUUGCAGAUAUGUGCGAAGCAUGGCUUGAGCCUCGGUGGCUUCUUGCUACUACCCUGGAUCAUAGUUUAAGACUAGUAAAGCACUAUCAUCUGCUGGUGUAACCUACACCACCUAGUGUAGCACUAUUUACUAAAGCAGGUCGUGUAAGUGCAACCUAGUGUUUAUCCUGCGUGACUUCUGCCUCUUAGAUGUCAGGCGAGGGGAAGAACAACUUACUCUUACAGGGAAGAGAGGAGGCAAGGCAGGACCUUAAAACGAUCGUAGAAGCAGCAACGCGCCACAACUAUCGCAGAGUGUGAUUAACGGAAGAUAGUGAUAGUGCUCUAGCGUUAAAUAGUGCUCUGGGCUGGCUUCGAGUUGAUUCCCUGUAUCAUCGCCAUGAGCAUGAUUUCAGUUGGACUGUGCGCCGGAGAGUAUCAAAGGUUUGUACUGCGAACUCUGGAGGUAGCGGUGAACGCGUUGAAAAACCAGGUGAAGGAGCUAGGAGUCGAAAAUGAGAAGUUCGUCAAGAGUAACGAAGAAUUUGCGGAGAAUAACGAGCAACUCACGAAGAGCAAUGAGGUAGCAUCUUCGCGAAAAUGAACCUUGUCGUGUGAUAAGUUAAAGUUGAAGGGGCAGUUGUAUAUAAUGGUUGUCUUGGUCUCGUACACCAUGAUGAAACGAUCUUCUUAAGGAGGCUACCGAUACGGAGCCGCAAGAACAGCAGCUUUUAUAUCAAUUCUUGCAGUUGCAGCUAAUAUUUUUGUUUUUCAUGAAGAUUAAAAAUAGACGGAAUGCUAAUAGACCGAGGAUAUCACUCUCAUCUCUUUCUCCCUUGUUCGAACACAGGCCCUCACGAAGAACAACGCAGAGUUCGAAAAAUGCAACAAGCAGAUGCAAGCCCAGAACAAGGAGUUUGAGGCCCAGAACAAGGAAAUGCAGGCUCAAAAUAAGAAAUUUCAAGCGCAAAACACCGAAAUGGCUGCCCAGAACAAGAAGCUCUCAGCCAAUGUUAUGGAUGAUAAUCUUUUUCCAUCCUUACGACUAUCCUGGCACUCAUUGCAGAGGCGCGAAAAACUGCCAGGAUGGUCUCCAUCUAUUUUUAGAUGGAGAAAAAUAUGACAAAAUCCAUAUAUGUCAGCGAAUUAGAAGGCAUCAAGAAGGACUUGCACAGGGACGUAGGCCAGCUGUCGCAGGAAAACGGCAAAUUGCAGAGCAAGAUUGACAAUUUCAGUAGUGAAGUGGACCGCAUGGCGGAUACAGGGAAAGCACUGGAAAAACAAGUGGACUUUUUGAAGAAUGUGAACAAGACCAUAAGCAAUAUUAUGGCUGUACCUAAACCUAAUACAUCUUUGGCCGAUCCUUGAAACGUAUGGAGGAGUAUCCAAAGGGAAAAAGGCGCCCCCAUACUUUUCAAGGAUGCACUUGAAAGAUGAAUAAUUACGGACAGCUCUAACAAUAGCUUGGUCGAGUGCACAACUCCUCAAUUGGUGUCCGCAUUCCAGAGCAAGAUGGAGCAGAUCAUGAGUGACGAUGGUUUGUUCGGGAAGAUGGUAAACUUGUUUUACUUUAGUACAUCUACAUUCUCUGUCUCAUACUCAUGUAGUUUCUGCAUGUUUGUUAUGAAGCUGGUCACACUCAUUCCUCAUCUUCUUGUUGAGUCCUCCUUCUCUUCCUUCGAUCGUUCCAUCUUCGCUACGAAGCUCAUUUCCUAUUCUCACUCAUUCUCAUCAACCUGUUCGUCAAACUUAGAUGCUCCCGCUCGAGAAGACUCAGAAGAAGUACGAAGAAGUCCUCAAACAGCUUACGGAGAUGACGGAGAGACAGGAAAGAAUGAACGAAGAGGAACAGAGGAGACGGGACAGAGAAGAACAACAGGAUCUUUAAGGCUACCGCUGAAGCAUCCUGCUGCAUCAUGAUCCUCGGCUUCUUUUUUAAGAUGAAAGACGCGCCAAGGAUCCGCCCAAGGAUGCGACCACGUGGUGGCUCUAAGCCCUAGAGCAUGAGCGAAGGGAGCGGAAGUUGCAGAAGAACUUAGCGAAUCUUCUGAAACAACAGGUACUUCUUUGCAGUAGAAGUAGCACCGGUUGUAAUAUUAGUAAAAAAGGAAUUUACUUAACUAUUUAAUAACACCUAAGUACCACUACAACGACCUGUGGUCCUUCUAAAUUGUUGCAUCUGUCUCUCCAGAUUCUGGCAAAGAAACUAAACUAUCUACUUCCACAGGAAGGAUACCAGGGAUACGCUCGUCUACUCGAAUAUGCAGAGCAUUCUGCUGAUACCAACAAGAAUUAAGGCUUCUUCUAAUCUAUCUCGUGAAGUAUCUAUCCUCGGGAUGCUUUUCAAGGCGAAAAAGAGCUGCUCAGGAGAUGAUCAUCUUCAGGAUCGAUGGACUAGAGUGAGCUCUAAAAGAAGCCACGUGGAACAGGAUCCCAUGGUGGCGACGUCAGCGGUCUAACCUUGGAAUACUUUGUGGGAAAGCAAGACGAGAAGAAGCUGGUGAAGAUUAUGGGAAUGAGCUCAACAGAUGAUGAGUUUGAGUUUUAAAAAUGCAAGCACUUUGCCUCUUGCUUCUGCCUCUUCUAAGGAUGAAUUCAAAGACAUGGUCCUGGAGCACUUGAACAAAGAGCCAGAGUUUCGUAUCUCGGGUGCGUCGUCAAUAGUGCCAAGUCCUGAGCAGUUUGCAAAGAUGAAAAAAGGCAUGGAGGAUGACGAUCUAGCCUCUGAAGCAGGACCCUGCGGAGGAGCUGCGGGAAGCACAGUGGCUCCCUCGACUUCGGCUGGCAGCUCGGCGAGUAGUUCUCUUUCACUUAAUGUGCCAGCAAAGAAGAGUUAAUAUGAAGAUGAUUGUUUUUUGAAAUGGGGGAGGAACAGGUCGUCGUUCUUUGAAAAAGAUCAAGAAAUAAUAGUGCAAGUGCAGGUCCCUGUCCCACGUCGACUUGCUCAACGAACUCCUUUACAAGUAAACGAGUUGUCCUUUUCCCUCUUUUCGAACAAUUCUAAGGAGGCGAUAAACUCAACGAUGCCCUGUCUCCUGUUCUCGGUGGAGUUUCUGACUUAGCACUCAAGAAGAUGUGGAAACAGAAGAAGAUGACGACCAUGGAAGAGCUCGAGCUGUGGAGGCUCGUUUUUCCAGCUUGGAAGGAGUUUGUCCUCGUUUCGAAGGCAGAAAGGAGGAUUAUGAAGAUUUUUUGGAUGAUUUUUUGGACGUAGCUGAAGCGGAGGAGACUUGGAUUUGUCGGAAGUAGAAUCACAUCGACCAAACAGUGUUUAUGUUGCACAAACAGUGUAAGUAGUUUAUGUUGCAGUUGAUGUAUUUUUAGCUUGAAAACAAGAUGUAAUCUUUUAGUUUGAUCUAAUUCUAGAUCCGUGACGCAACCUCCAGCACUGCAAACCGAUGCAGAAGGAGCACAGAAUGACGCACUUGCACUAGAAGUCGAUGAGGAAGCGCAUCCGAUGGAUACUAUGAUGUCCAACGAAAGUGGUGGUUCUUCGAAAACAUCAGGGUCAGCUACGUCAUCCUCAUCGUCUGCACUGGAUCGAAGUGGUCAUACGAGUGGAACUUCGUCUAGUGUUAAGGGUAGGUUAAAGGUGCUUUUCUUACCGCUUUUUAUGCCUCUCCUAAGGGAGAAAGGCAUAACAAGCGGGGUAAGCGAGCACCAAAAACCUACCUCUAAUAGUGGGGUAUCAAAAAGUUCGGACGGCAGUUCUGGAUCCUAUACUGGGAGUAGCGGCAGCGGCACGGCGAGUUCGUCUUCCUACACAGGAGGAUCUUCCUCUUCUGGCACAUGGGGCUCAUCCUCUAGCUAAGUCUUCAAAGUUGGCCUCUCUAUGCGCGUCUCUAACUCUAUGGUUUCUCCAACAAGUAGGAAGGUCAUAGAGAUAGAUACGCGAGCUAGAGAGGUGAAACAAGAACUGUCAGCCCCUAAUCUAGUGGGCUAACACAGACGAUGAUGUCGAGGACAGCUAAAUCGAUAGUGAUAGGGGAUGAUGAAGAGACGACGAUGCGCCCACCUCAGACGUCGUUGACAGCAACUUCACGGCCGUCGUCGAGACCAAGUCUACCUAGUGAUAGAGUAGUUGGACAGAGUGUUAUCGACAAGUCCUCAGUCUCUGUUAUUAAGGCUCAACUUUCAGUGGUCACCAUUUAGAUUGGAGUCACCAUUUUUUUAGAUUGGAAGAGGAGACCUUCCCUUGAGAGAACCAACAGGACAAAUAAACGAAGGGAAAAGGGGAGAGCCAACUUUGCAGGUGGAUUCUUCCGUUCAGCAUCAGUGACCACUGACUGCUUACCUUUAAUGUUACUGACGUAGAUGCUGCACCUGACGUAGAUGCCGCAAGAAGUGGUGGAGAAGACAAAGAUCGCAAAGAUCCUUCUCAAGAUGAUCAUGAUGCUGUAGACAAAAAAGAGAAGUCUCGUUCAACUGAACGAAGCGGACAUGGGCACCAUAAAAAGCGCAAAAGAGAAAAACAUCAUCACGAUGGUGAUAGGAGUGAAGUCGACAAGUCAGAGAUUGAUUUGACUGCGACAGAGAAUAAUUAUGGUGGUCGUGGAGUAAUAAAUCCGGAUGAGACGCAGUCGCAUGUAAGCAGUCGUAAACAUCACAAAAAGCGUGACCACCAUAAGCACAAGUCUUCCCAUCAUUCGGCAGGGGAGGAAGAGAAAGACGGGAAGGAGCAAGGAGAACACAAAAAAGAUCAUAAAGUUAUGAGUGUUGGAAAUGCAUCCCCAAAGUCAUCUGGACAAAGAAGAUAAGGAGGAAAAGGUGCCCAGAAGAUGAUCUGUGAGAUGCAUAAUUCCUAACGCCUCUAAUAAAGACAAGGAUGGUAAUAAAGACAAGGAUAGUAAAGACAAAAAGCGCCAUCACAAGCAUCGUAGUUCGUCCGAAGGAGAAGAGAAGAAGAAACAUCACCGCUCUUCGGAAGAAGAGCAUGAGAAGAAGAAACAUCGCUCGUCUGAUAGAAGGAGUAAGCACAAAAAGAAGCACAAAUCUGCACCGUCAAAAGAUGAAGAUGGGGGAGCUGAAAGCAGUGUAUUAGGAGGAACGCAAGAAAAGCCGAAGGAAUAUUCUAGAGCCACAGUUGAACUGAAUACUACAGGGGGUGAAGGUGAACAGUGAGAUAUGUAAGUACUUAAUUGAGGAGUACACUUAAACAACUAACAAUCCAACAACAAGCUAGACUAGCGGGUAGAACUCGCCAGGGAAAUCUUAGGCAGCGCAGCUCGCCGAAUGGAUUCAAGUCAUCAAUUGCGGAAUACUCGUGGAAGAAGUAGUAGUAGACGUAGUAGCUGUACUUAUUUUCGAUUUUUGUAAGUUCUCAACUUUGGUGGAAGCAGGUAGAUGAAGAUGUACAAGAUGGAUCAUAAGUAUUGGAUACAGUUGUAUCAUGUAAAGGCUACUAUGACUAUGUCGAUAUUGUAACUGGAAUCACUUGAAAAAUGUUUUUCAACAACGUGGUCCCGGAUCGCGUCUCAAGAAGUGUUUUUCUGCAGCUCGUUGAGAGAAAUAUCAAGGCUUUGGUCUUCCUCUGUUCAUCAACAUUAGAGUUCGUUUUAACUACAGGACAGGGAAACAAGAAAUUGCUUGUUCUAUCUGCGAGAGCGAGAUGGAGAUCUACUCGUACUCAGUUUGUUAGAAUUCUUCUUUUUCUGGCAUGUUCUAAAACCGCAAAAGUGGAAGAACAAGAAUGAUGUCUAUUUAAACGAGGUCGCAUUACCAUUAUAGUCUUUAUAGACUACGAGUACAUGAUCAUCAUGUCGUCCACUCUCAUUUUCAGCAACAGAAUUAUUUUGAGAAUCAGAAUCUUUCAUGUCGUCGUGUCAAGAAACACGAACAUCG